AUGCUUUUACAAACUAAUCCGGGGUCAGUAGUAGAUAUACAGACAUCCGAUGGAAAAUUUGAAUAUGUUUUUAUGGCUCUCGAUGCAUACAUAAAAGGUUGGAAGUACUGUAGACCAGUGAUUGUAGUCGAUGCAACAUUUUUAAAAUCAACCUAUGGUGGAAUGCUAUUGACAGCAUCCACCCAAGAUGGGAAUGGUAAGAUUUUUCCACUAGCAUUUGCUGUUGUUGAUUCUGAAAAUCAUGCUUCUUGGGAAUACUUUUUUGCAAAAUUACUAGAAGCUUUUGGUCGGAGGGCUGGAUUGUGUAUAGUAUCAGAUAGGCACGAUAGCAUAUCUGAGGCGGUCAAAAACAUUUUUCCAGCAGCAAGUCAUGGAAUUUGUGUAUACCAUUUACUAAACAAUGUUAAACUAAAGUUCAAAAAGAAAACAAAUGCAAAAGCGUUGAGAGAGUGUUUCCAUGGAGCUGCAAAGUCUUACUCAGUUCAGUCUUUUGACUAUUUCAUGGAGCAACUAGAUGCUGUAAAUGUUGCAAUUCGACCCUAUCUGGAAGAAAUUGGUGUCAAAAAAUGGGCAAGAGCACAUUGCACAGACAAUAGGUUCUCAACAAUGACUUCAUAUACAGCCGAAUCUAUGAAUGCAGCUAUCAAAGCAGCUAGGGAGUUACCAGUAGUGACACUUCUUGAAUAUUUGAGAUUCUUGACGCAAAAAUGGACUUACACGAAUAGAAAUGCUGCAAUCUGUACAAUGACUAAGUUGACAAGCAAAGCAGAAAAUGAUCUCAGAGAUAACUAUGCAAUUUCUUUGAAAAUAAAGGCUUCAACAUCAGUUACUAAUGUGCAUAAUGUAUUUCAAAUUGAUGAGAUGCCGUGUCCACAUACACUUGCAAUAUUAUCCUCACUACACCUAGAUCCUUAUCAAUACUGCUCUAAAUUCUUCACCAAAGAGAAUCUGCUUGCAAUGUAUGAUGGAGUUGUGUAUCCAAUGCCAAGUCAAAACAAUUGGUACCUACUGAAAUUGAGAGGAUUGAAAUACUUCCACUAA